AUGGAGCCUCUCUUCACCAUCCCCAUCGCGGCCCUCCCGCCAAACCACCCCGGCGGCGAGAUCGUCUGCACAGUCCCCCGUCCGCGCACCUACGUCCUCACCUUCUCCUCGCCCCCGGACAACCGCAUGACCACCCCCUUCUGCCGCGCCCUCCUCUCCGCCCUCGACGUCCUCGAGUUCGGCGACCACGAGUCCGGCGUCGUCAUCACCACCAGCGCCAUCCCCAAGUUCUACAGCAACGGCCUCGACCUCGAGCACGCCGUCGCCACCGACGGCUUCUGGGCGCUGCUCUACGAAGUCUGGCGCCGCUUCCUAACCUUCCCAAUGCCCACCAUAGCCCUCCUCAACGGGCACGCCUUCGCCGGCGGCCUCAUGCUCGCCAUGGCCCACGACUACCGCCUCGCCCCCCACCCCAAGGGCUUCCUCUGCGUCAACGAGCUCCUCUUCGGCGCGCCCCUCAAGCCCCCCAUGGCCGCCAUAUUCCGCACCAAGCUGACACCCCAGGUCUACCGGAACCUCGUGCUCGAGGCGCGGAGGUUCACGGGGGCCGAUGCCGUCGAGGCGGGCAUCGCCGACGGGCUGGCCGACGAGGGGGUCGAGUCCGCCUUGAAAUUCAUCGACGCGCGGGGGAUCGAGGAUAAGGGGAAGACCGGGGUUUACGGGGUGAUCAAGGCGGAGAUGUACAAGGACCUGGUGCGGAUGCUCAAGAGCCCCGGGCUGGAGGCCGAGGAUGCGCGGUUCGACGCCGCGCAGGAGAACGAGAGGGAGAGGAAGGAGUUCGGCAAGGUCUGGUAUGAGCAGUGGCAGAGGGAGAAUCAGAAGGCCAAGCUGUAG